CCUCCACAUCACUAGCACCACCACCAUCAUCGAUCGCCGUCAUCGCCCAUCUUCUUCUUCAGCAUUCUCCAUUAGCUUGUCGCUUUCUCACCAGACCCUCUGAGCUUGCUGCUAGUACACCUUCAUGGCCAACCACGCCGUUUUCAGGUCGUCUCUGGUUUGUUUAGCCCUAGUUGUAGUGGUGGUUGGGAUUUGCACGCAGUCUUUCAGGAAGAUGAUGGUGACGUACCUGGUUGGUGUGGUCGGGAUUGGGGGUGUGCUUUUGCCGGAUUGGGCUUACUUUGACCGGGACUUUUCGCGGUGGGGUACUCCGGUUUCGGUUGAGGAAAGAGCCUCUGCGAAUGCAACUGCUGAAAGAUCUGGAUUUGCAAGAUUGAAAAGGUAUCCUAUGCGAUUGGCUGCUUAUGCCACAAUUUAUGGAUUUGCUCUGUACAACUGGUGGGGGUUUGUGUCAAGUUAGUGAAGAUCAAUGGUUUUAGGGGCACCUAAUUUCUAGUUCUUCAGUGUGUAAGAAAGAUACAUUGUAUGAAUUUGUGAUAGUUCUAGCUACCACACUAGUGAGCAGUAUACAAAUUGUGAAUCUUCGUACCGUUGGAUCAGGUGACAAGAGGGAUGAGAAGACAGAUCAAACAGUAGUAGAAAUCAUGAAGUAUACCAUACAUGCACUAGCUAGUAGCGACGGUUUCUGAAGAUCAUUAUUGGAUAGUUUCAAGUUUUCAACCACAUUGUUUGUAACUGGAAUGAAUUACUACAUGUAUCAUUCAGUAAAAAUCGAGCAGUAGAUCGAAUGAAAAUGGAGGAGAAAUAGGAAGAACAAUACAUUGUCUUCUCCAUAUAUGAUACAUUUUUUGUUGUUGUUGAUUUUAUAUAUGAGAAAUUUUAAAUACACACCCCUUAUUUAAUAC